AUGCAGCGAUGUUUGAUCGAAAGGGAACGGAGGUCGAACAUGAAUAAUCUCUACUCGAAGCUCUUUUCUCUCCUUCCUCCUCAACCCACAAAGAUGUCAAUACUUGGCAACUUGGAGCUGGCUACCGUACAUAUAAAAGAAUUGCAAAGACAAGUAGAGGAACUCAAGCGAAGGAAGAUGCAACUAGAAGAGGAGAGUCAAGCAUUGAAUAGAGCAAAGAGUGAAACGAUAACCCCAGUUCUAAAUAUAAUAGAAUCCCAUUCUGUUAUGCAAGUAAACUUGGUUAUAGGGUCGGAUAUGAAAUUUAUAUUGGGUGAAGUUAUCAGCAUCAUUGAGGAGGAAGGAGCUGAAGUUGCGGGUGCUACAUAUAAUCAUGCAGGGAAAGUGAAUAGGAACAUUCUUUCGAUUCACUGUGAGACUGCCUGUUCUAAUAUUGGCUUUAAGAGUUCCAAAGUGCUAGAAAGAUUGAAGACUCUGAUUAAAGAGUGA